AGAAAACAAUGUCAUCUUCGAUAGUAGUUCCUGUAAUUGAUGUCCAUACUAACAAUUUCAAAGAACUGUGGCCAGCCAUGGUGGUUGCAAUUAAAACGUCGUCCUUCAUUGCGCUCGACACGGAACUGAGUGGUCUGGGAAAUAGGAAGUCCCUGUUGGCUGAAUCAAUAGAGGACAGAUACAGAGCAAUAUGUCACGCUGCUCGCUCUCGCUCCAUCCUUUCUUUGGGAAUAGCGUGUUACAAGAAACUGGACCAAAAGCCUCCAGGCUCCUACCUGGUCCAGGUGUACAACCUCACCCUGCUGUGUUCAGAGGAGUACAUCAUAGAGCCGCAGUCGGUCCAGUUUCUGGUGCAGCACGGGUUUGACUUUAACAAGCAGUACGGCAGCGGGAUCCCUUACUGCAAGGGUAACAAUAAGGGAGGUUCGGACGACCGUGGGGUCCACAUCCGAACUUUGUUUACUGAGCUGCUGCGAGCCAGGAAGGCCCUGGUGCUGCACAACGGCCUCAUCGACAUGGCCUUCCUCUACCAGAGUUUUUAUGCCCACCUCCCCGAGCGGCUGGCCACCUUCACAGCCGACCUGUCUGAGAUGUUUCCCGCCGGGAUUUAUGACACCAAAUACGUGACUGAAUUUGAGCUCCGGCUGACCGCCUCAUAUCUGGAGUACGCCUACAAGAAAUGCAAGCUGGAAAACAGCCGCAGUGUCACCUCUGGCUCGGCUGGACCUCACGUCCACCUAGAAUUUUGCCAGUACGCGGGUGACUUGUCCACCUACGUCGACUACAGGCAAUGUCCGGCCAUAACAUCCAUAGAGGGACAGACGGACGUCUGCCAGCGCUUCUCAGCUUUCGGCUGGUGCCCAAAUGGCACCAAGUGCCCGUUGUCCCACGACACAGACCUGAUCAUCCUGCAGGACGAGAAAUCCAAAGAUGAAAAAAGGAAAAGGCGGAAGAGACGGAGGGACAAAAAGGGGGCAUCGGAUACAGCCGAGGACUGCUCCGCCUCUGACGGCGCCCCAAAGAACAAAGUACCAAGCAUGGAAGCGGACGAGGAAGAAGCAGCCCGUGACCAAAUGGAGGCGCACGAAAAAUCAUGCGCCGAUGGAAACUCUCGCAUGGACGACGGGCGGGACAUGAGAGACGACGACGGAGAAGAAAACGGAGUCGGUGGAGCAACGAACCCCGGAGACUCUGCGGUGAGCGCCGGAGAGGGUACCGGCGUCUGUUCUGUGGAGUCCGACGCCGAGGCGAAGAAGAAGGCGGACGCGGGAUCGCACCGGGCGGGCUUUGACGCCUACAUGACGGGAUACAUCUUCGCCUACGCGUGCGCGCUCAUCAAGAAGGCGGCGGAGCCUGGGCCGGAAGGAGACGACGCCGAGCCGGAGGAGUCCUGGCUCCCCGACUGCGUCAAUAAGAUCUAUCUCAGCGGCAAGGCAGCUCCCCUCAAUGUGGUGAAAAGCACCUUCGCCAAGUCAUCCAAGGCCCACAUUCAGAAGAUGGAGAUGGUGUGGGGGCAGAAGAUGUAGCUCAGUUUCUCUGUAACCUCCAGUCUGUCAUUUUAUCUCAUACAAGACGAGGUUAAUAUUAUUCUUUUUACUAUUUUGGCAGCCGUUGGUUGUGUGAAAAUUUGAGGAACUCUCUGAGAUUGGUUGGUCCAACGAGUCUUAUUAUUUAGGCAAUAAAUAAUAAAUUUAUUAUAUUUAUUCACAAUAAAUAUAAUAUUAUUUAUUAUAAGCUCCUUGUAUAAAUUCAGCUACAAGGAGCUGAGCGUUUAUAAAUUUAUUAAACGAUAAAUUUUUUAAAUUUAUUGUUAAACGAUAAAUUUAUUGUUUAAUAAAUUCAUGUUAAUUAAGAAUAUGAUAGAUGACAUCGUUUCCUUAUCACAAUUUUCUUUUAUGCAGUUACAAUUCUUAAAAAAAAUAGAUAAAUAUGUUUGGAUCAGCAGUCAGUGUUUCAUUCUGCUCCUCUGUUUGUCGAAUUAAAAACAUUGCCUUGUUUAUGAAAUGAAUUUUCUUAAAUUCGAGUGCUAACCCACUUAAUUAUCCAACAUUUCCCUGGAAAUAAGUUGUUUGGCAUUCAUGGUUACCACAAUGUAGAUUUAUUACCUCUCAUUUCUCUUCGUAAUUAAAACCUCAUGAACACUCUGAAA